GAGAGAGAGAGAGUAUUGCUCUGUAUUCAGCAGCGCGAGGUCACGGGGCGGAAAAACAGCACGCGGGCUGCGGACUCAGUAAAUAAACAGUAAAGAGAGAAAAAGAUGCUUUAAUCAUCACGCGCCCUGAAGAGGACACACAGACCAGAGAGAGAGAGAGCAGAUGAAAAUAAGGAGAGAGAGAGAGUGAGUGUGUGUGUGUGUGUGUGAGAGAGAGAGAGAUGGCCGAUUUUCGGUGAGCGCGCGCUGAUGUUCUCACGAUGGAGAAACGGUGUCUCGUGACGGCGGCGAGCUUUUGCAUGAGUGUCCUCGCGCUCGUGCUGCUGGUCACCGCCAUCUUCACGGACCACUGGUACGACACGGACACUCGCAGACACAAGCGGAACUGCGAUCGGUACGGAGCCGAGUCUAAUGACCAGAAGAACCGUGAGAUGCCAAUCUAUCACCUGCCUUUGGUGGAUAGUACCGGGAGCGGGGGCGGAACCGGGGGCUCGCGCCGGAACAGCGUGGCGCUUAUGAAGCCGAUUCACGUCGGAAGUCGCGAGGAGGAGCUGCUGGAGAACUGGAGGGCGAUCCUGGGCAUGGGCAUCCUGGAGACCGAGUGCGGCCGCCCGCUCUUCCCCACGCACUCCGGGCUGUGGAGGAAAUGCUACUUCCGGGGCGUGGACCCGGACAUCGACCGGCUCAUUUUAAAGGGUAUUGCAGAUCGCUGCACUGCAGUUAAAUAUCAUUUCUCUCAGCCAAUUCGACUCAGGAACAUUCCUCUGAACCUGACCAGAACCAUCCAGCAGGACGAGUGGCACCUCUUACAUCUGAGGAGAAUAACAGCGGGGUUUAUGGGAAUGGCUGCUGCUGUGUUGCUGUGUGGAUCCGUCGUCUCUGCAGUUGGAUUUUUCUGGGAGGAGAAACUCACACAGCAUGUAUCAGGAUUACUGUUCCUAAUGUCAGGGAUCUUCUGCACCAUCUCCUUGUGCACCUACGCCUCUAGCGUGACCUACGACCUCUCCCGGAACCCUCCCUUUAUCUAUGGUCUCCCGCGUGACGUGGAUCAUGGAUUUGGUUGGUCGGUGUUGUGUGGGUGGGCAUGUCUCGGGCUGACCGCGGCAUGCGGCUGCAUUAGUACCGCCUCCCCCUUCAUCACGCGCCACAAAAACACACACACCUCUGCUGUGUGAAAUGCUCUACAGCUACAGACUCAACACCUCAAUCACAUUCACAUCUAUAUAACACACCAUCAGUUUUGGUCUAGAAGUAAGCCCUCAUUCAACACCCACCCCCACUUCCUUCCCCCAACACACACACACACACACAUGAUCACAUCUGUGUGAUCAUACCCACCAUACACCAAGUCCCUUUUAGUAGGGGAGGGGCUUCAUUGUACCCAGCCAAUCACAGAUGUGAUCAUGUGACAUCACCACUGUUCACCACUUUAAAUACCUAAAUACUGCUUAAAUUCCACAGUAUUAUAGUUCAGUACUAUACUGUAUCUGUAUAUAUUUAGGUUGUUGAUUGUGAUAUAUGAUUAGUCUUUUUCUGGGUAAUACUCCGCACCGCUGCCCCCCAUUACACACAAACAAAAACACACAUCCCCCCCCACCCCACCCCGCGCGCGCCCCCAAUCACCACAAACACACACAUGUGUGAGGACUGUCCCAUAAAGAGCAGAGAUGAUAUUGAAGCUGGUACAGCGGUGUGUGUGUCUGUGUAUGUAUUAAUAUUGUGUAACGUGGAGUUUAGCUGAACAGUCACGGAACAUGAACACAGUGUUAAUGAGGGGUUCAUAAACCUGCACUAAUUACAGCUCAUUAGGGACAUUUAGGAGAGCAUGAUGAGAUAAACACACUGAAUACAUUUUUAUUAUUGUUGCUGUUAAUAAUAAUAAUAAUAAUAAUAAUAAUAAUAAUAAUAAUAAUAAUAAUAAUAUAUGUAAUGAUGAUGAUGGUUUAGUCAUGGCUGUUAAACACUCUGUGCUCCUGAGUGUGAACUGUUAAUAAUAAAGUCCUGUACAGAUCUAAUAAAUCAGUGUGAAGACUGGUGUGUGUGUUUGUGUGCUUGUGUGUGUGUGUGAGACAGACAGAGAGAGAGACAUUUCCUGCCUCCUAGUGGACAGUUUAAGUUCUUUAACAUAAUUUAACAUUGUAUUACCAGUACUGAGGGAAAAACG